AUGGGGGACUCGGCGAGGACCAAGCGGCGGGAGCAGCUGAAGCGCUGGGCCGGCUCCUGCACGGACAAAGCGUCCGCCGUGCCCCGGCGGAGGUGGCCGGGCGAUGCCGAAGACUGCGAAGGGGAGCUGGUCGAGCCACCGAGGGAGCAGGCAGUGACUGCGGUCUCGGAUGAAGUCAGCCCCCUCCUCAAACGACGGAAAUGCGUGAGGUUUGACAGGGCUGCAGAGUUCCUGGCUGCCUGUGCUAGUGGGGACACAGAGGAGGCCCAUGUGAUGCUAAAAGAGGCCAAAGAAUCCAAUAAGACCAACGGUGAAGAUGUGGGAGACAUUAUCAAUUGCUCUAACGCAGAUGGAAUCACAGCUCUACACCAGGCCUGCAUAGACGGCACCAUGGAGAUAGUGACGUUCCUUUUGGAGCACGGUGCGAACGUGAACCAGGUUGACAGUGAGGGAUGGACACCGCUGCAUGUCGCUGCCUCCUGUGGCUACCCUGAGAUUGCAGAUUUCCUUUUGCAGCACGGCGCUUCCCUGUCUGCUGUGAACUGUGACGGUGAUGUUCCUCUUGACAUUGCUCUGGAUGAAACAACUGAGUCUCUUCUUCAGCAUUACACUCAGAAACAGGGUGUGGACUUGGAGGCAGCUAAGCGGAUGGAGGAGGAACAAAUCAUGAAAGACGCCCGCAAUUGGCUAACUGAUGGUCCACCUGCUGACGUCCGACACCCCAAGACCGGGGCCACCCCACUGCAUGUGGCUGCAGCCAAAGGCUACUUGGAGGCCUUAAAAAUACUGUGUCAGUGUGGCCUGGAUGUGUCAGCUGUGGACUUUGAUGGCUGGACACCUCUCCAUGCAGCAGCACACUGGGGUCAGGGGGAGGCUUGUCACAUUCUUACUGAACACCUGUGCAAUAUGGAAUCCCGCAGCAAUGCGGGUCAGACGCCAUUUGACGUUGCUGAUGAAAGUGUCGAGGAACUUCUGGAGGAGCUUUCACAGAAACAAGCGAAUUGGCGUAAGGAACAGUCCAAUCUUGACAGUAAAAACCAACAACCAUCCACUGCAAAUGCACAAAACAGAAAGCGGAGGAGCUCGGUGUGCAGGAUGAGCAGUAAAGACAAGAUGAACGUGCAGGACCAGUCUAAAGAGAGGGGCGUCUCUGGAGACCUGGAGCUGAGCGAAGAAAAAGACAGCAGUCCCGAAAGCUCUAUCGUGUCUAGUCCAGACACUGAGAGUGUGGCCACGUCUACAGUGAGUCCAGCUGACAAGACACCAGAGGACAAAGACGACGAGGAGAGGGAGCAGGACAAGGCAAACCGCACGGCAAGAGUCCAACCCACGCCUCAGACCAGGGACGCCAACGCUGAGAGUCCCAACAACCCCAACGCUGACAGGCGCAAGUUCCAGGCUCCAGUCAGAGACGAAGAGUCUGAAUCUCAGAGGAAAGCUCGCUCUCGGCUGAUGAGACAGUCUCGCCGCUCCACACAGGGUGUGACUCUGACAGACCUGAAAGAAGCAGAGAAGGUUGCGGCGAAAGCUGCGGAUCCUCCGGCUCGCACCGUCCAGCCCGUCAGCCCCAUAGUCACCGUCACACCUGCUGAAAGGGAGACGGACGCGGUGAAGCAGGUGGAGCAGGACGGAGACAGGCGUCUGGCAGUGAAGGACAGGAGGAGAGGCAGGAAGGAGAGACGCUCCACUGGUAUCGUUCAGCCGGGAGACAAUGAAGAUGAGGACGGUCAUCUGGAAGAAACACUCAGUAUUAGCACUUCUGGUGAGACUCACCUGGGCGACUCGUCGGCUGACUACAGAACGCUGUACUUGAAGGUACUGCAGGAGAACCUGGCUCUGAAGGAGAAGGUGCAGGAGAUGGAGCUGCUCCUCAGCCAAAACAAAGUGGAGCUGGAGAGACUCCGACAGGUUCGGCAGAAUCAAGAGAGCAGCACAGACAGACCAGCCCUGCUGGAGCUGGAGAGAUUUGAGAAGUUGGCCCUCCAGAGGAGAGCAGUGGAACUGGAGGACGAGCUGAAGGUUCUGGGCGACCUGAGAUCAGACAACCAGAGGCUGAAGGACGAGAACGCCGCUUUGAUCCGAGUCAUCAGCAAACUCUCCAGAUGAACCUGGAAAAAAAACUACAACCCUGCAACGAGAUAAAAAGUAUUAAUGGGAUUUCUGUUUUGUCCAAGAACAGAGAAUCAGCAUCAAACACCUGCAGAGCACAUUCAACAGUAACUGAGAGGAAAGAUUUCAGGAUUAGUAGCUUGUUUUGGGCCUUUUUCUUUAUGAUUUGGCAAAUCUACUGUACAACAAGCUGAAGUGCUGCACCUGCUGUGGACUGACGGGAUGUUCCUGCUCGCAUCCACUUUUAUAUUAUUUUACAUUUUUAUUAUUAUAUUGUUGUAUUUUUAAAAAAGGAGAAACUGGAAAUAUUUGAUGUGCUUUGCUUCUGCAAGACUUUGUAUAAAGAUCUGUAUUAUGAGACUUAAAGCCACGCACAGUGUGGCUUCACGCCUGUUUCACAUGUUAAACUAAAUGCCAGUUGAGAGUGGAGGAACCUUUAUUUUGAAGCCAUGGGUUUCAUGAUUUAACCGUAAAUUUAGUGAUCGAGUAAUAAUGGAGUAAUCGUUGCAGCCCUAAUUGAACCAUUAACUCCUCAGGAAAAUGUCAAUUUCUCAUAGACUUCCAUCCAAAUACAGUUCCUUUUGCAGCUAGUGGAGAUUUGCCAUUUGUGUCAGUUUAAGUGGGAUUAUAAUUUAUAAUUUACCAAAUGGACACGACUUUAAACUUGUGGUUGAGACGUGAACUGCUCAGGAGAAUGGUUACUGACGUUUUAGAUCGAGCUCAUUUUCCUUUAUCAAAUUCAAGUGGAGCUCGAGAGGAGUCGCCCCCUGGUGGCUAUUCUAAUAUAUUCUUGCUUCCUGAUUGAAGUCCUUGAGAAAAAAAGACUUUUUAAUGUUUUAUGGUCAAACAGACUGAAACCUUAAGAUCCAGGUUAUAUGCACUGGCUAGAUUUGUAACCACACAAAUCUCCAGUCUUCACAUCAUGCGUAUGUUUUUAUUCACAAUCUGUGUUUAAUCGUAACACGUAAGUCUGCUGUUUUUUUCCAAUCAAGGCGAUCAUGAAUUAAGAAUAUAUUGAGCAGCCACCAGGGGGCGAACUCACACCUUAGAAAUCCACGGGCCUCAUUUUGAACGUGAAUGUGCAAAUCGUCGUGUUUCCAUUGUGAGGAAAAAUGACAAUCUGAGUCGCCUGUCUCCACAACAAUUAAGAUUUCUUGUUUCAUUAUUCAUCGCUUGAUAUGAAUCUACAUUACUGUACAACAAUGAUUCAUCCAUUCACUUGUUGUAAAUGUAUUGUUUUUCUUACUUUAUUCGUUGUUUUUUUCCCAAACUCUGUUUUUGUUUUCAUGGAGUACAAGUACAUGAAGAAGGCACCCUGGAUGUAUUAUAAGAACUGGAAAGAG